AUGUAUGGAAAUUGGUACGCGAUACUUCCGGUUCGGAGGCCGCGCGCAAAAUGUCCAGUUUCGCGCAGAGCCCGUUCGAUCCUCGACACGGCAAACGCCUCGCCAAGCAACGUAACGCUCCGGGGUCUGUUUGUACAAACGAUCGCAUCCCUGAUCGCAUCCCUGUGCGACACGGCGCCGGCUGCGUGCGCGGCGACUAUCUCGCCAGAGGAGCGCCCUAUCACCGCGCUUCGCGCACUUUACGGCGCGGGCCAGCCAGACGCUGACGCAGGGCAGCAGCAACGCCUGCUCGAUCGCAGGGCUCUGGUGCCGCGCGAGACGGCUCGCGCGACGUGCGCAAGAAGCUGGCCGCCGAGACCACGGACGAGGGCCAGCUGGCGACCCCUCAUUAGGUGUUUUUUUUCUUUGGCGGUGGCCGAGACGAUGCAGCUGCCCGAGGGGACUCCCCCGCGCCUCGACGUGCGCCUGAUGAACUAUGUGAUCGAUUUCUCGGUGGCUGUGGACCUGCGCGCGUGGUUUUUGAGGGAGUUUGAGGUGAGCGUGCCUGUCUUGAGCAUCCUCAAUGGGGAGAGCAUAAGGGAGCUUUGCAAGACGGUUUUGUCGCAGAUGCAGUCUAAAUAG